AAGUUGAUACGCUCACGUGUUUUUUUUUUUUAUUUUCAAAUAAGUAAUUAAUAUUUUUCUUCAGACAAUGAAAGAGAAUAAUUAAAUUAGAAUGCGGAAAAAAUAAUAAUUGUGAUUUUUCUUUUGAAUAUAUUUAGUGGUAAAUUUUUAAAAAAUAAAAUAGUAAAAAAUGUGAAUAAUCACGUUUUUUUAAUUGCUAAUAAAAUUUUUAUUUUUUACAUUGUGUUUAAAGUGUGGUUACAAGAAAAAAAAAGAAUUGUUUUUUUACUCUGCUAAGGUGCAAUAAAGACACAAAAGUGAAUCGAUCAACAAAAAUCAGCUCUGCAAGAGAAUAAAAAAUUUUUUGGGAAAAAGAAAUUAAUUUAAAUCGAUAAAAAAUUUCUCCUUCAUGGAAUAUUUUGAUUUAUCUAGUCAAAUAGAAAAAAAAAUCUAAGAAAAUAUUUCUAAAAGAAAAGUAUAUAUAUAUAUAUAGAGAGAGAAAGAGAAAAUAUUUAAAAAUAAACAUUCAAAAAUGGCUUACGAUGAUGUCAUUAUUUUAAUGGGCGAAUUUGGUCGCUACCAGCGGAAAACAUAUUUUAUAUUAUGCAUUCCUGCAAUUUUUUGCGCUAUUCACAAAAUGGCUGGUGUUUUUCUCGAAACAACUCCAGACUUCAGAUGUCUUCUGCCAUUAGAAAAUUCAUCAAAUACAGCGUAUCAAUUGCCUGAUGGGUAUGUUGAUGUGCUUCUUCCAAAACAUUUAGCAACAAAUACAAAAAAGGAAAGACCCUCUCAAUGUCAUUUUUAUGAUAUACCAGUACCGCCAAAUGUGACGACUUUAAAUGAAUAUUAUUUAUUUGCCGCUAAUAAUACAUCAAAAAAGAAAGAAACAGCUUGUCAAAAUUAUAUUUAUGACAAAAGCCGAUAUUCAAGUACAGUCGCAACUAAGUGGGACAUGGUGUGCGAUUAUUCAUGGUGGAUAUCAACGGGAGACUCGAUCUUCAUGGUAGGAGUAAUGAUUGGCUCUAUGACAUUUGGUUUCUUGUCUGAUAAAUUUGGACGUAAACCAAUUUUUGUAAUUUGUUUAAUUAUUCAAUUAAUCUCAGGAACCAUAGUUGGUUUAGCUCCAAAUUAUGCCACAUUUGUUGUUUUUAGAGCAAUUCUUGGUUCAACAGCCAGUGGCGUUUUUAUCGUUACUUAUGUGAUUGCUCUUGAAAUGGUUGGACCAAAGAAAAGAAUGUUCGCUGGUGUAGGAGUGAAUUUAUUUUUCACAGUAGGAUAUUUUACGACUGGUAUUUUUGCCUACUUAAUUCGCGAUUGGAGGACAUUACAACUGGCUCUUGUCCUUCCAAGUGUAUUGUUUUUAUCAUAUUAUUGGUUUAUUCCUGAAUCGUGUCGAUGGUUAUUGACCAAAGGCCGAAAAGAAGAAGCAAAAAUCUUAUUGCAAAAGGCAGCAAAAAUUAAUGGAGUCGAUAUUUCCAAUGAAACAUUGGAAACACUUUUAUCGGAAAAAGAAACUGAAUCAAAAUUGAAUGUAGAAAAAUCUUCUGCUAUAGAUUUAUUACGAUAUCCAAAUUUGAGACGUAAAACUUUAUUAUUGUGUUUCAAUUGGUUGAUAAACAGUGGAACAUAUUAUGGUCUUUCGUGGGGAGCCGCAAAACUCAGUGAUAAUGAAUUUGCAACAUAUUUUAUGUCAGCGGCUGUUGAAGUACCUGCUUAUAUUUUUCUUAUGUGUACCUUAAAUCGAUGGGGUAGAAAAGCCAUUUUAUGUGGUGCUAUGAUAACCUCAGGAUUUUUUUUACUUCUUAUGACUGUUGUUCCUAAAGAUAUGGACUGGUUAGCUAUUACAUUUUAUAUGCUUUCCAAAUUAGCAAUUACCGCCUCAUAUGGUGCUAUUUAUAUUUUUACAACUGAACAAUUUCCAACAGUUGUUCGAAAUGUUGGACUUGGCGUUAGUUCAACAUGCGCAAAACUUGGAGGUGUUUGCGCACCUCAAAUUAAUCUUCUAGGAGAAAUUUGGUUUCCCUUUCCACAUGUAUUUUAUGGGACACUUGCACUUUGUGCCGGACUGAUAACACUUUUAUUACCUGAAACUCUUAAUAAAAGAUUACCAGAUACUAUUGAAGAGGGAGAAAAUUUUGGAAGACAAACGAAAAAUGUGUCACUACAAUCGUUAACGCCUACGAAGAAAGGUGUCGAUGACAAUCUAAAUGGAAAUAUAGCAUAAUGUUAAUAAUAAUUAUUAAUAUAUAAAUUAGUUAUGCAAAAAAAAAGUACUUAGGACAUUCCUCAUCCAAAAAAAAAGAGUAUUAAUAUUAAAAGUGAGAGUGUACAGUUUUUGUUUUGCCUCUAAAUAUAUUAUAAGGAAUAAAUGUGCCAAAUUCAAUUUUUUAUACAAAAUAAGUAGGUUAAUUUUUUUGAAUUAGUAUUAAAACAAAAAAGAUAGUUGUAAUUUUUUCUUUCAAGUAUCAAUAUAUUUUUUUUUUUUAUAAAAAUUAUAGACAUUUUUAAAAUAUUAUAAUAUAUUAAACAAUCUCAUUCUUUUACAGAUUUUAUUUAAAUUAGUUAAAAUUUUACAGAUAUUUUACUUCGAUAUAUGUGAAUAAUUUAGCAAAAUUUCAGUACGAGAACUUUUA